UCGUCAAGGCACUUCCUGGUGACAAUGUUGGCUUCAACGUCAAGGAUAUUGGUAUUUCAUUGCAAGACUGUUUAAUUCAUAGUGUGAUGUUCUAUAUUUGCGAUGCGUAGUGUGUGGUAAGGUCAUCAAAUAGUGGAGUGUGGAGUGAGAAAAGGUGAGCACAUCACAGCAGGACGUGUACAACCAAACAUCAUGUUUUGCACGUUCACAGUGUUAAACCCGAACUGCAUGGCAACCAAACGCCAGGCAUGAAAGUGCUCCGUGGUGCCAAACGAUGUGCAUAACAUGAUUUUUUUUUUACCCUGCAUCAGCUCAGCCUGUCGCAAGUCGGCCGCAAAUGCAAACAUGCAGAAAAGUCCAUGCCGACCAUGCGAGUAACCAAACGCAUCCCUAAUUAUAUAUAUUGAUUGAUAUAAAAAAGGAAACUAAUGAUCAUUGAUGGAGGAAAAAAAAUUGGAAACUAAUGACCACGUUUGUAUUUGGCCCUGUUUUUGGGCAACGUGCAUGAUGGGCUUGUACGUGGGUGCAUGCGUAUGCUUCUUUUUAAAUCUUGUUAUAUUAGAUUUCGAAAUUCGAAUCCAGACCGCCAUCCAUUCCAUUCGUGGGAGAAGAGAAGAGAUCAAGAGAAGAUGCUGGCGCGGAUCUUGAGCCGCAAGGGCGCGUCGGGCUUCUCCUGGGCCUCCACCGCCGACCAGGUCACCGCCGGCGUCUCCGCAGCCGGCCUCACCGCAAUAGUCACCGGUGCGUCGAGCGGGAUCGGCGCGGAGACGGCGCGGGUGCUGGCGGCGCGCGGGGCGCACGUCGUCAUGGCCGUCCGCAACCUCGCCGCCGCAGAGGCCGUGCGCCAGGACGUCCUCGCCGAGUCCCCCGCCGGCAGCGUGGAGGUGAUGGAGCUGGACCUCUCCUCGUUGGACUCCGUCCGCAAGUUCGCCGCCGACUUCGCCGCCAGGGGACUCCCGCUCAACAUCCUCAUCAACAACGCAGGGGUAAUGGCGACCCCUUUCUCCCUCUCAAAGGAUGGCAUCGAGAUGCAGUUUGCAACCAACCAUGUCGGGCAUUUUCUUCUGACAAAUCUUUUGCUGGAGACCAUGAAAAAGACCUCUCGUGAAUCAAGCGUGGAAGGAAGAAUUGUCAAUGUUUCGUCAGAGGCGCACAGGUUUGCAUACAAGGAAGGCAUCCGUUUCGCCAAGCUAAAUGAUAAGGAAGAGUAUAGCACCAUUGCAGCAUAUGGGCAGUCAAAGCUUGCCAACAUCUUACACGCCAAUGAACUUGCCAGGAGAUUUAAGGAAGAGGGUGUGAACAUGACUGCGAAUUCUCUCCAUCCUGGAGUUAUCAUCACGAACCUUCUUCGCCACCACAGCAUCUUAGAUGUUGUACAUCGGACGCUUGGUAAACUGGUGCUGAAGAACGCUAAACAGGGGGCUGCGACGCAAUGCUACAUGGCGUUGCACCCGGGCGCGAAGGGCGUGUCGGGGAGGUACUGGAGCGACAGCAACAUGUACGAGCCGAGCGAAAAGGCCAAGGACGCGGAGCUGGGCAAGAAGCUGUGGGACUACACCCUCGACCUCGUCGCCUGAUGGUCGAUAGAUGCUGAGGAGAUGAGAUGAAGGAUGGGAGGAACUCAAGCCAUUGCCGUUUCUCAAAAAAAAAAAAAAAAAAAAAAAAAAACUCAAGCCAGUGGUGUAAUGCAAUGUACAACAAACAGCUGAGUCUGAGUGUGCGAGACUAGUCAUCAUACUAUCUGUGGUAAAACAGACAGAGAGGGAGAGAAUUUGAUUGAUUCAUUUGUCUGAAUUUCGUCGGAUGCAGAUGCAAGAAGAGAUUUUUGUUGGUGCGGUA